AUGUUUCAUUUACAUUAUAUACUCAUUAUAAAGAAAUACUUCGUUAAUCAAGAAAAGUAUUUCUAUUUGAUUCUGUUGCAUAUGUAUAUAGUAUAUUGUGUAGGAGUGACUAUACUAUUAGCAACAGGUACAAUUCUCAUUACAUAUCUUCAACAUAUCUGCGGACUGUUUAGAAUUGCAAGUUAUCGUAUGGGGCAUUCAGUUAACAUUCUACAAAAUAUUACGCUAAAAAAUAAGGUUUUCAUGACCGAGAACAUAAUUUCUGCCAUUGACAUGCAUCGUCAAGCUAUGAAGUUGUGUAAGCAGUUAGAGUCCACAUUCGAGAUAAUGAUAUUUUGUUUCACGAUAUGUGUAGUAGCUUGCUUUAGUCUCAAUCUGUAUCAAGUAAGUUUCCAGUUUCGUAUAAUACCUAAUGUAUGA